CUGAACGCGUCAGUGUAACGCAAGUGAAACUGUCGAGCGCGGACCAGUCUAAACCCCGCCAAGGUUUGCGGGAAGUUUAUGCGAUACAACGAUAUUUCACAACACAACUUUUUGUGAUUAUGGAGCUGUCCCUAAUUAAAAAACAGUUAUUUACGGCCCAGCGUGAGUGUUGUUCUCGUGGUCUUCUACAAUCAUCUAAAUGGUACGGUGUGGUUUUGCGAAAGCUAGAUCUGACAUUAGAUGCAGUAAACAUCCUUCAGGAGGCAAUUCAGAAAGAGCCAGCUCACUGGGGAGCAUGGGUGGAGUUGGCUACACUUAUUACUGAUAAGGAUAUGCUCUCUAGCAUCACGCUUCAGGAUCACUGGAUUCGGCAGUUCUUCCUUGCACAUACUUAUCUCGAGCUACAGAUGAAUGAAGAGGCACUUCGGCUCUAUCUCGACCUGCAAGAGAAUGGAUUCAAACAAAGCACCUACAUCAUGGCUCAAAUUGCAAUCUGCUUACAGAACCUACAAGAAGUCGACCAGGCAGUAGAAGCAUUUGUUCAGCUGCAGAAAGUCGACCUCUACAGGCUUGAUAACAUGGACACUUACUCAAACCUGUUGUAUGUGAAAGACAUGAGAAUAGAGUUGAGCCACUUGGCGCACCAUGUGUGUGAGAUUGACAAGUAUCGUGUAGAGACCUGCUGUGUUAUAGGAAAUUAUUACAGCUUAAGGUCACAACAUGAGAAAGCAGGCUUGUGUUUCCAAAGGGCCUUGAAAUUAAAUCCUAACUACUUGUCAGCAUGGACGUUAAUGGGACAUGAGUUCAUGGAGAUGAAGAAUACGCAAGCUGCUAUACAAGCCUAUAGACAUGCUAUUGAAGUGAAUAGGAAGGACUACAGAGCCUGGUAUGGACUGGGCCAGACAUAUGAAAUAUUGAAAAUGCCUUUUUACUGUCUUUACUACUACCGAGAAGCACAGAAACUCAGACCAAGUGAUUCGCGCAUGCUUGUGGCUCUUGGAGAAAGUUAUGAGAAGCUAGAAAGACCAAGGCUGCAGGAGGCAAAGAAGUGCUACUGGAAAGCCUACUCUGUUGGAGAUUUAGAGGGAUUAGCACUCAUCAAACUAGCAAGAUUAUACGAGAAGCUGGCAGAGGAUGAUCAUGCAUGUGCAGCUUAUGCAGAGUACAUCAGUGAAGCUGAAGCCUUAGGAAUUACUGAUAGAGAAGAACAGAGCCAAGCAUACAAGUACCUAGCAAACUACCACGUGAGAAGCAAGCAGUAUGAUGAGGCUUACACAUACGCACAGAAAUGCACAGACUAUCCAGAGACACGAGAAGAAGGCAAAGCACUGCUAAGAGAGAUUGCACAACGUAGAACUACGUGCGAGCCUUUCUCAGGUGCCAGCGAUUUGCCGACACCAGUGACUGACGCAAGACCUGCAGUAUCAGAGAGUACACCGCUAUCUCGGCUAUCACCGAUAAAUCUAAGACUUACAUUUACCAAGGAGCUGUACUAGACAUGUCUAAUACAGAUCCUAGAUGCUCCCAACUGAUUGACGUUGCCGGCCAGUGCACAACUGAUGGACUAUCAAUGAAUAAACAAUGUGCUUCAAAGAAAUAUGUGUAACAUGUCAAAGAUGACAUUUUACAGCUUUUAUACUUUACUACUAACAAAGAGUAUAUUGUUAUACGUAUUGUAUAAAAAAAUUCAUAUGCCUAAAUAUUUCUGUUAUCACUUAUAUCAAACAUCAAAGAUGGGAAAUCCUUGGUGCUGCCAUGAGACUGACGAAGUUGUGCUUUUGAUUUUUUGUUUUGUACGUUUCAAACUGGAAGCUAAUUACAAAAGUGUAAUUAUAUUUAUACAUAACUACUAUUUAUCUAAACAAGUUUCUGUAAUAAAUGUAUGCAGAAUAUAACUGAAAUUAAUAGUGAUAUAUAAGAUAUUGCGAUCCAUCUGUUGGAUCUAUAAAUAAGAAAGGUCCUUAUAGUCUGUAGCCUGUAACGGAAAAGUUGUGUACUACAAUUUCGUUGGAUGUGCGUGGAGGUGCCACGGGGUUGUAAGUAACCGACUCGACGGUUUUUAAAACAUUGUUGUAAUUUGUUCACCACAAAAUAUUGAAUUUGAUAUAUUUGAGACGCGGUUUAACUGAAAAUAUGCAGUAGAUCUUCAGUUAUUGUCUGCUUUAAAAUGUCAGUUAGGCACAGAAAUAGCCGAUUUCAGUAAUAUGUAAUCGAAAAAUUAUGUUAUUUCCAGUAGGGGAUUAUGAUGUCAAAUAAGUUAAGAGUGUAGGAGCCUCA